GUACAGGUAUAGUAACCCGCAUGUAUUCAGUGCGUGAAAGGUUUCGGGCACUUUGACGUUUCCUGUCGGUCGUCGAAGGGAAACAUGCAGAUUUAACAACUGUCUUUAAUGCUUCAGUAAAAGGGGGUGAGGUGGUAAAACGCCUAAGGAGAUGGAUCUCAUACUGAAUAUCGCUGACUAUUAUAUUCUCACACCAUAUGUCUAUCCAUCUACCUGGCCAGAGAAUGAUGCCUUUCGUCAGAUCAUCAGCCUGCUGUUUAUUACCAAUUUAGCAGCUGUGAUGCUCUAUCUUAUGCUUGGAUCUUUUAGUUACUAUUUCAUUUUUGAUCACUCUCUUAUGAAGCACCCUCAGUUUCUGGAGAGUCAAGUCAAACGGGAAAUAAAGUAUGCCUUGUGGUCAGUGCCGUGGAUUAGCCUUCCCACAGUAGCCUUGUUUUUUGCAGAGGUCAGAGGGUAUAGCAAGCUGUAUGACAAUAUUGAAGACUCACCUUAUGGCUGGUUUGGUGUUUUUCUAAGUAUGUUCUCUUUCCUGCUCUUUACUGACAUGUGUAUCUACUGGAUUCACCGCUUUCUUCAUCAUAAGCUCAUCUACAAGUAUUUCCACAAACCACACCAUGUCUGGAAGAUUCCUACACCUUUUGCCAGCCAUGCUUUUCAUCCAGUGGAUGGCUUCCUGCAGGGCUUGCCAUAUCACAUCUAUCCCUUCUUGUUUCCCUUGCACAAAGUGGUUUACCUUGGUUUGUACGUAUUUGUCAAUGUAUGGACAGUGUCUAUCCAUGAUGGAGAUUAUCGGGUUCCUAAAUUUCUCCAGUCCAUUAUAAAUGGUUCAGCACACCACACUGACCACCACCUCUUCUUUGACUAUAAUUAUGGCCAAUAUUUCACACUGUGGGACCACAUUGGGGGCUCUUAUAGAUUCCCCUCAGCUUUCCAAGGAAAGGGUCCUCAUCUCUCUGUUAGACAGAGUAAACAGAUAGAUGAACUCAAUACAAAUUGGGACCAUAAAUCUGAAAAUUCCAAAGCGCAUAAAAAUAAAUAAAUAUUAAUACUAUUCUUGAAUAACGGGAUGAAGAAAACCAUUUUGGAUUUGCAAGUAACUGGUUGUAAAUAACUGACUUAUGGAGUUUUGUUUAACACAAGUACAAUAAUUUAAAACCUCAUGAUUGAAAAGAAAAUGUGUAUAAGAUGUGCUAUGUGGUAUGCAUUAACAAUGACAAUGUCAAGGAGCAUAAAGCAUCUUUGUGACUGUUAGGAAAUUACCAAAAUGAAAAUGAUGAUUGAAAAACUUAAGCAUAUCUUGAAGGAAUGUAUAUGUCUACAAUUAAGUUUAAAUGUCAAUUAAAUGUUAAGUAAAUAUAAUUUUCAGUUAUGUGCUCAUAAUAUUUGUUCACAUCAUAAACCUGUAUUCAUAUCGGUAACAGGCAGUAUAUUUAUAUAGCCGACUGAACAUUCAUUCUUAACCAGUCUGUUUUAUACAAAAAAUAGGUUAUAUUGGUAAAUAUUUCAGUCAAUGAUAAAAAGCAGUUAAUUUAAAGUUUCCUUGUAAUUUAUAAAUUUCUCAAAUUGUUCGUUUAAAGUCAGAGAAAAAGUGAUUCAGUGUGACAUAAUUCACACUUUAUAAAUAAUAGGAAUCCAGGUUCAAACUGUUAUUGUUAUUACUACUACUUCUACACUAGGUAACAAAAUUGAAUUUUUUGUUACAUGAAUCAAUAAAUAUGGAUCUCAUGGUAUUUUUCAUGCUGAAUCCAAGUAUCUAAUUAGACUUUCUUUAUCAGAAGGAAUUUAAGUGACAUAUGAUUAUAAUUUACAUCAACAGAUUAUCUAUUGUCAUGGAACUCUCACCACAUGUCCAAAUGUGUUACAGGCUGCAAACUCUAGCAGAAAAGACUUCUUUUCUGUCCUUCUGGAAACAUGUACAGAAAUGGUAAUAAAAACAUGCUAAUUUUGAAUUUAGCUUUAAAAACCUGUGCACCUUAUUAAGAGCUUAUAUAUAAAGUAAACUGCCCAUAAAGAACUUAACAGUGUUGAUGAUAGAAACAUUCUGUGUACAUUUUAGAAAUCAGCAUGAAAAAGUACUUUUGAAACCCCUAAGUUAUGUGACAUAAUUUUUGUUGGCCAGUUUUAUUAUAGAAACACUUGUAGGAUGUGAAUAGCUCAGUUCAAGUGUAUAUUGGACUGUUUUAAAAUUAUCCUCAAUAAGUAAUACUUGAUUUACUGAAAACUGAGUUCAAAUUUGAGCAGAUGUUUUACUUAUUUGUAUUUUGAUUCUGCUUGAAUUGGUGCCUGGAAUAUGCUUUGUGUAGCAAAAGUGUUGCCUUUUUAAAAAUGCAUUAGUUUGUGCCAAGAAAGAAUAUCAUGUUUUCUGUGUUUUGUACACACAUUAUAAAUUCAAGAUUUGUAAAUAAAUAAAGGUAAAGUUCAGUGAAAAGAAGGCAUACAAAAUACACCAAGGGUUCAAGUUCAAGGUUUUAUAUAGUAAUUAUGAUUUUUGGUUGUAAUGUUAAAUUAAUAAUACUAUAAUUAAUGUAAAAAAGAGAGUAUAUUUUCAUAAUGGUUGUUUGAAUUUGUAGAGAACUUUUUAUGAUGCAGUAGUGUGGAACACCACUUCUUGAAUGGUUUGCUGUAAUUUCAAAAAGAGAGCAAGCAGAACAAUGUACCUUCACAAACUUUGAAUGGUGUAGUAAACUUUUGAAAUUCUCUGCCUUUUAAUUUCUGCUCUUGAGUCACAAGUAUACUUAAUUUCUAGCCAAGUUGUACUUUUUCUGUUCUGCAAGUAUAAUGUGAUGGAAAACACAUGGUCCUUAACCUAAUUUUUGUAUUUUUACAAUAUUUACUUUUUCAGAGAAUGUGAUUUACAUUUUAAAAAGUCAGAUGUAAAAGUAGUUGUCAGUGUUGCUUUGUAUUAUAUCACAAAGACUACUAUAUUGACAUUUACAUUUAUUUACUUGGAAGAUAAUUUUAUUCAAAGUGGCUUACAAAAGAAGUCAGUAUAACUGAGUAAACGUUAGUCUGGGGACUGUUUUGCAGCAAGUGGUUGAAAACAAGCUUGCAGAAUUGACUAUCACAAGAGCUCCAAACCACAGAGAAAAAAAAACUAGACUAGUACUCUUUUCUUACCUACUAAAAAACUACCCUCAAACCAUUAUCAAUUAUAGACAUAUUCAUGUAACAAGAGAGUCUUCAAACACUUCCUAAACAGAGUAAUGGAGGUGGGCAGCUCAUUCCACUGACUCAAAGCUACACAGGCUAGGAUUUGAUGGCACAUAGAGGUGUUUAUUGGCAGAUGUGAGUGGGCAAGAAGGAGCAUAGGUGCCUCCAUGUACAUAAAGGUGCUAAACCAAUGGCUGCGCUGUAGGCAAGCAUCAAGAAAUUGAAUUUAAUGCAUUCUGCAACAGGGGGCCAGUGUAGUGACAUGAAAAGAUGUACUGCUGCAUUUUGAAUCAUAUGCAGUGGUUUGGUAGCAUAAUGAGUAUGCCGAUUUUGUUUGUCUCUCCAUAUUUUCUUAUUCCACUUUGAGGUCCUGGAUUAGCUAUUUUAUGUUGCUGGGUGGUGUUGUGCGACUUCCUCAUAGCUUCAGUCAUCUGGGUAUAAUUACUGUCUUUCUCCUUGCAUGUUCUUCCACUACAGUUUUCCCUGGUUUUCUCACAUAUUAUGACACUUUAAUAUGAGUUUAGUUGAUGAUGUUGCUUUGUCCCAACAUACAUAAUGUUGUCCCAUUCAUUGUUCUUUGCCUUGCACCUGACACUGCCAGGAGAUGCUAAAACUCUCCACGACUUUAUAAUGGAAAAAUUGGGUUAAAAUAAUAAAUGCCAGUCUAGGUUAGGCCUACAUUAUGAAGUUCUUGUAUAAAUUCCAGUUACUAUUGCUUUAAUUUCUAAUGUAUGGCUAUAUUAGAUUAUUAUAUUAUUAUAUAUUGUGAAUUUCCCAUUGGGAUUAAUAAAGUAUCUAUCUAUCUAUCUAUCUAUCUAUCUAUCUAUCUAUCUAUCUAUCUAUCUAUCUAUCUAUAUUAAACUGAAGCAGUGUAAACUCGUUCAUUACUUCAGUAACUUGUUAUGUAAUGAGCUUGACUUAUAAUUGUGACGCAGAUGGGUCAUUUUUCUAUCCUUAUGUUCAAUGCUGAUAUUCCAUACUGUUUUAAAUAGUAUGUUACCAUAUUUAUUAAAAAUACCCAAUCAGUUCAAGAAAUGUAUUGGUGUUGGUCAAUGUUAACCAAAAAUUGUAUCCUUUGCAAACUAACUUCUACAUGUAAAGUUAAGAAAUUCAUUGUUGUCUUUUAUUUUCCUUUUCUUGAUCUUUGGACAGUGGAGUAAUUAAAAAAUAAGAAAAUAGAGUAUUAUAUCAUGAAAGUCUGGCCUAUAAAAUCAGUUAAAUUAAAUAAACUGUUUUGUAUUUUGUUCAUACAAAUUGUUGUAAACAUGUAGGUGAUGGGUACCAUAGUGUUUUUUUGUGUGUUUGAAUCAAAAUGCAAUAAAUACAAAACUGCUCCUUUGCGAAAUCCAAUA